AUGGCUGUAUUGGCUGCUGGUAACCCCAAUGAGGCUGAAGCUAUCACAAGAACUUUUGGCAAGAGCCGUGACGAAAUAGAGACCCGUGUCAUUUUCGACUCUGUGAAUACAAAAAGCCUUGGCCACACCGGGCCUGUGAGCGGCAUCGCUGCUCUCAUCAAGGCAGUCUUUGUCCUCAAGCAUACGGUCAUCCCUCCUAGUCUCAACUUCGAAAUUGUGAGCCCAAAUUUAAGAGUGCCAACAGUUGCAAUGGCUUGGCCCCAAGAUAGGCCGCUGCGUGUCUCGGUCGGCAAUUUUGAUGACGGCAGAACCAAUGGUCAUAUCAUUCUAGAUCUACCUUUAACCAACAGGGAUCCAAGUGUCAGCAUUGAUUCCGUGAGCCACAUCAACGGCCACUCGAACGAUACCGGAAACACGAGCAAUCGAUCACUCGUAUAUUUGCUGAGCGCCAAAGACUCCACGACAUGCACCACCAUGAUGCGUCGAUUUGCUCAUCAUAUUGUCAAGUCGCGGUCAAAGCCUGAAGACCUGGCCUAUACUCUGGCGGAGAGACGGUCAAGACAUUCCUGGGUAGCCGCGGUUCGCGCCGGGAAAAUCGAUGAAUUAGCCGCUUGCCUGCUCAGCCCGACGCAAAAGCCAUCCAACACUCCUCCUGAGUUGCCGGAGCUCGGGUUUGUUUUCAACGGACCAUAUGCACAGUGGCACGCUAUGGGUCGGGAGCUCAUUGAGGCGUAUCCAAUGUUUGGCCAGCGUAUUCGGGAGGCAGAUGACAUCUUGAAAGAAUAUGGAGCCUUGUGGUCAUUGAAAGAGGAACUUAUGCGAGAUAAGAUCACGACCCGCGUGGCCGAGAUCCAACUCAGUCAACCUAUCAGCGUUGCGAUACAGUUCUGUCUUGCUGACCUUCUAGAGUCUUGGGGCAUUUUACCUACUGCUGUGACUAGUCACUCCAGCGGCGAGAUCGCGGCAGCAUAUGCGGUCAAGAUCCUAUCCUUCAAGGAGGCUCUUGGCGUCGCUUAUUUCCGCGGCGAGCUGUGUUUCCAAAAGCAAAAGCUACACUCUCUCCGGGGCGGUAUGCUUGUAGCUGCGGUAAGCUCAGCAGUUGCUGAGAAGUAUAUCACAAGCACAAACACAUCAGGUGGGCAUGUGGUCGUAGCCUGCAUCAACAGCCCAUUCCACGUUACGUAUUCUGGUGAUUCGGAUUUCCUCGACGAGGUUGCUAAUAAUUUGAAGAACGACGACAUAGUCGUUGGAAAGCUCAAGGCCCCGAUGGCAUACCACUCUCAUCACAUGAGGCAUGUGGAAAGGGAGUACAUCGAAAAGUUGCGGCCUAUCCUUGGGGCUGUAACGAGAGAGCAAUCGGGAUGUGAUACUACAGUAAUAUCACCAGUUACUGGGGAGCAAGUUAGUCCUUCGGUUCUCAUGAGACCUGAGCAUUGGGCUCGUAAUAUGACUAGCCCAGUCCUUUUCAGCCAGGCAUUCAACAAUAUGGUUGGCAACAUUGAUAUAGUUGUGGGGAUCGGAGCUCACAGCAUUCUCGCAACCCCAAUAAGGCAGAUUCUAAGGGACAGAAAUAUUGAACGGCUUUAUACUUCAUAUCUUAGCCGAAUGGUUGAUGCCGUCGAUACUAUGCAAGAUAUGGUUUUGUUGAAGGGCGGCAACAGUCACACAAAUUAG